CCUCCCCUGCCGACCCAUAUAUAAAAUAACUAACAAAAUUACCCUUCUCCUCCCAAAACACAACCAAAAGUUAAGCCAUGGCUGAUAUCGCGAUUCUGGUUGCAGAGGAAUACGAGAGGAGGAUGAAGAAUCCAGGGCUGCAGGCCAAGCAAAAGCAAGAAAUUGAUGGUUUUGCUUCUGGGGUUUCCAUUUCUGCAACUGCGACUACUGGUAGGAUGAAGCAGAUGCUGCAAUUGGGGAAACCAAAUGCAGAUUUCAAGUGGGUUUCGGAGCCCAAGUCCCAAAUUGGCCGGGCCGCAUCCGCCGGCUUCUUCUCUGCCUGAGUUUCCCUACUUUAUCAUCUCUGUUCUCGCCGCCCGCCGCCCGCCGGCGACUAUACUGUGAAUCUUUCUGAUCGAUUUGUCUGUAAAGUUUUUGUACAUUGAAUUUAAUCUUACACGUUGGUACUGCUUUUGAAUUAUGGAGAACAAAUGAUGGGUUACAGAGUUGAAAAUGGAGAAAAAGAUGACUCUGCUUCUGAUUCUGGUAUGGUGGAUUCAACAGUGGCUAAUGGCUUCCUUUUUUCUGAUGGUGGAAUUGAUGAUCGGAAAUUACGCUUUAACUCUCCAAUCAUUUUGAAUUAACUGUGUAAAUCGAAAUCAAACAGAUCUGGAGUUUCCUACGA